UUAGUGGACGUCCCUCUUGUUAACUCAGCGGGUAAAAUGCUGUUACCACCAGCUGAAUUAGGAAAAGGAUGCCCCACCCCUGUUUACGCCAAUCCUCGCCAGGUUCUACGAAUCCUCAAACGAAGGGAAGCCAAAAAGAGGCUUGCUCGUUCAGGAAAACUGAAAAACCGGGCCAAACGAGUAUGUAUGGCAGUUCAGUAGAUUUUUCGUUUAUUCCAGACGUGCUGACUGGACAUAUUGUUCCAACCUAGACUAGAUUAUCAUGUUAAUCCAACUGUAAUCAACUUCUGAUUAAUUGAUGGGAGAAUUCACACUCAAUACUGCCUGAAAGGCUUAAGUUUUAAGUUAAGUCCAGGGUCGGCUUACGUGCACGCUACGAUUUAUCGCGCGAAUUUUCCAACGUAACAAUAAAAAAUCACCUGUUUUGGUCCUGUUGUUGCCCGAUUUUAGGCCGAUUUGAGAUUGUUCCUUUCCGUCUUCCAAACUGAGUAACUAGUCACGUUGUCUCCAAAUUUAUAGGAUAAAAAGAGAGCUGGAAAUCAAGAUGGUAAAACGGAGAGUGACGGAGCGAGUCCUAAAAAGUCUGGUGAGCACUUGAAAGAGACGCAGAAAAAUUGACUCCGGUAGCCUGGAACCUGUCACUGCAAGUUAAAGAGUGUAUUUCUGUCCAAUGUAAAUUUAAUAUUGAAUGUAUAAGCAGUAAAGAAAUUUCCAGUUGAGAUUAUUAUUAUUACUCAUUCAUAGACCAUCUGCCAAACUGCACUGCUGCUGUAAUCAACCACACUACUCGUAAUUCAGACCGUUGA